GGUUCUAUGUUGUCGUGCAGCGCGUUCACACAGCUGUUUACUGUUUGUUUCCUCUUUUAUUCACGUCGGUAACUUUCUGUCUGUCGGUUAUUAAUGGGGGGAAGAAACUGCUGCGUGAAGAACUGCCGUCACAGGUCUCACGACCACCAUGGCAGAAAACUCCCAAACGGACUAACUUUCCACUGUUUCCCAGCUUGGAGGAGGAAUGAAGGAAGUCAGAUAUCUGAGCUAACGAAGAGGAGGAGGAUGGCCUGGGUAGCCGCUGUCAACCGCAGCAACAUCACAUUCAACCACGUCCCCACCUCCAUGAGAGUGUGCUCCCGGCAUUUUCACUCUGGUAAACCAGCGUAUGAAAUGCUGGAGUCGGAUCCGGACUGGGUCCCGUCACUUCAGAUGGGUCACAGUGAAGGAGACUGCAGACAACCCGAGCGUCUCCUGUCUGAGCAGCCAGAGAGACAGAGAGAGAAACAAAGCUGGACGACAGAGACGAGGCCGUCCCAGGCGUCCCCUUGUCCUCAGAGAGAGUCAGAAACAGCAGGAAGAGCCGUCCGUCCCUGGAGAGACAUUCGUUCUCUGCUGCUGUCAGCUCUGCAGCAUCCAACCAGCAUCGGCGAGCAGUCAGGAGACGAGACGCAGCAACAAGCUGCUGCUGUGAACCAGGACGUCAACUUCAGAGACUUCUUCAAAGAUACUCUGGAGGCUUCUCUGGAGGCCUCCAGCAGGUCCAGGUCCCUUCGACAGCUCUACGUCCCCAGGGAGCGUGCCAUGGAGCUAAACUUUAAACUUCCACCUCUGCAGGAGGAGAAUCAGAGGAGUGAAGGGUCCUCCUCCUCCUCCUCCUGUCUGACCUGUGUCAGACUGCAGAGGAGAAUCAGAGAGCUGCAGGAGAAGCUGUCCCAGGACAAGGAGGCCCCAACUGUGCUCCAACCAAACCAGGACCUGCAGAGAUGUGACGCCUCGGCCAACAUAUCUACUCCCAUCGGCGCGGCGGUCUCUCGGGACAAACCGCGGAGGCGUCGCCGGCCUCCUCGCUUCCAGGCGUCCUGGCUGAAAACGUUCUGGUUCCUACGGUACUCGCCAAUGCUCGAUCAGAUGUGGUGUCACGUGUGCCGCCUCCACGCGGACAAGUCCUUCCAGAACUCUUCUUUAACCAAAGGCUCCAGGAAGUUCAGGAUCCACAACAUCAAGAAACACAGUGACAGUAACUACCACAAAGAGAACGUGGAGCGCCACAUGUUGUAUCUGCGCCACAAGAGGCUGUGAGGCCUCAUGUCUCCGCUUUGAGAGAUAAUCUCAGUCGCUUUGUUUCGUGCUGGACACAACAUGUAUCCCUCUGAAAGGUUAAGCUCAGCGUUCGUGAGCUGUGUACGUUUCAUACUGGACCCUGAUUGGCUCCCAACUCACUCGAAUGUCAUAAAUCCUGCAGGUACGUCCAGGUGUUCAACUCGUGAAAUGUUUGUUGUUGUUUUUUUUAAAGUGAGAAAUUAAUAUUUCUGGUGUUUUUGUUGCCAUAACGAUGACGAACAACAAAACCAACAUCUGCUGAGACGAAGACGAUCAUUAUUAUGAUGAUGUCGCCUCACCUGAUGAUGUCAUCAUAACUCCAGGUUAAUAUUAGUCUGUGCUGUGUCUUCAGCUGCACCGGCCUUUAAAAUGAUGACUGAAGCACAGCGUUGAAACGUCUGCACUCUGUUUGGAGGAAAUGUUUCAGUCCGAAGCUCUGAGAUGGAAAUAAAAUGUGUUUUUAAAUUAAAGCUGUGGACAAGAACUCGUUUCACCGCACUCAGACGUCAUAUUAACUCGCUGUGGACGAUCAUCAGUGGGCGUCUCUAACAAACUGGCCAUCACUGCUAGAGGUGGCGUCUGGACUACACUCUGUCCAGUUUAUUAGGAACUCUUUGUGCUAAAAUCAUAUUCAUGGUAUCAAUAGACUGAACCUCUGUUUGGGAUCCAUUAAAGCAACAUCAUCACAAUCAUGUGGACUGAUCGUGUGAAACUGUGUCACUGUCAUACUGUCAGCUAGUUGAUCUCACGUUGGUCUGUGUGGACUCUGGAAUCAGGUCUUUGUGUGUCGUCCUACAGAAACUGUUUCUCAACA